AUGAAUCAAGCCGGACAGAAACAGGAGAAUGCCUCCGACUUCGUGUUCCCCAAAAGCUACAACUUCCCUCCCUUCUUCAGCCCUCAACCUACAGCGUUGACCCGCGAGGCCCAGUUGAGGAAAUGGUCAAUAUUCAUCCAGAGAUAUUGCAGGCAUCAUCGUAUAUUCCAGCUCACCAUCAUCGAAGCCCUGGACACGCCGCUCUUCCACAAUGCUACACUGAAGAAGCGUCUGAGUCUCAAGGAUGCCAAAGCAGUCAUCGACUACAUGGUGAGCAAGGCGGGCGAUGAACGGGCCGAGUGGCUGGGUCCAGAGAAGGCGUCGGCCUGGAUCUGGUGGCGCAAGCCGGAGGAAUGGGCGACGCUGAUUGCCGCCUGGGUCGAUGAGACAGGCCAGAAAGGCACAGUCCUGACCCUCUACGAAUUGGUCCAGGGGGAAACCACCGAAAAGCAGGAAUUCUAUGGUCUGGAUAUGGAAGUGCUACGCAAGAGCCUCCAGACGUUGGUCAAAAAGGGCAAAGCUCAAGUCUUUGGUGCAGAAGACCAGCAGGGUGUCAAGUUCUUCUGA